AUGAUCAAAUGCAUCAUUCUCAACGGCAUUCCCGUCGUCAUGGAAGCUUUUGUGUCUCUUGCGAAGCAAGAAAAGCCCGAAGAUCAGGAUCACAGUUUCACCCGCAAGGAUUGGAAAGCUGAUAAAGCGAACCACAAACGCGGUCUCUCUGUUCUUGAAACGCUUUAUGGCGAUGAUAAUGAGAAAAUAUGGGCAUCAUUCGGUUCACACAAAGACAUACCGUGGCUCUCGACCGACAUUUCUUAUGGUCUGUUCCUGGCCGAUCACAACACUCUCGAUAUCAUCGAAUCUGAGCUCGUUAUCUUGCCUGCGAUCAUGUGCCAAGGCCUCGUUCCUUCAACGAAAUGGCAUCUACGUGGGUGUCUCCGAGUCGGUUGCACACGCGAGGAAGUGGAAUGCAUACACCAGGCUAUUGAACAUAUCGCAAAGAUAUGUGGGAAACAACUAGAAGGUCUACCGAGAGUCUCGGAUAUACCUACAGAUGAGAUGUGA